AUGAGAGAACCGAUGAUUCUUCUGUACGUUGCUUUUCUGCAAGCAAUCAUGAGGGCUCAUUCACAGUGUCCGUCGCCCUACAAUGAAGUUUCACCAGGCUUAUGUGUUGUGCGGUUGGCAUCCGCUAAUUCGUUUUGCGCGGCUUGUGAAAUGUGUGCGAAAUACGGCGCUGCACGUGGACAGUUGGCAUUCGUUCUUGGUCGCAACGCAAAUCGAGUAUUUCCCAAUGACUCUGAGACUGGUCACACUUGGCUUGGGUUCAAUAAAUUCCUGACCGAACCGACACAGCGUGCGGUCGGAUGGCGUGACGUCGAUCCUCGGACACCGGGCUUCAUGACGAAUGGGCCAGAAAUGCAACUUGCUGUUGCCGAACCACAGGCCAAUAGCACCGUUGUGGUCACACACGGUAACGGCAAAAUGUAUGACUGUCCAUCUGACUGCUACGAACUAGGCUUGGCCGUGUACUGUGAAUAUGGUGGUGUGUUGCCCACCGGACUAUUGCUGCAACAAUACCGUUCCGAUUUUCCCGUAUCACUAACCGAAGUCAUCAGCUCUCAAACACAUGGUUACGGGUGUUUUGCAGAAGCGAACUCGACGUCGAUAAUAGACUGCGGACGCAAGUGUACGUUGAAUGUGGCGUGUCGGUCCCUCUACUAUGGCAACUCCAGCGGGCGUUGUGUUCACGCCACGUACGCGGAUUCUCUCCUACCUGCGAAUAUUGCGUCAGGCGAACUGAACUGGAAGCGAUUCGCCAAAGUCUCGUAUCCACAAGUAGCAAAUGAACUGUUCCCGUGGAAUUAG